AUGAGCGACCAAGACUCGGAUAGCACUUCCGACCAUCGUCAAAAUGGUCCCAAAGUCGACAAUGAGAAGAAAGAUAAUCGUGAGCCUCGGGGCGACAUACUGGGUCGAUUGGAGCAUUUUACGUGGGCCAACUAUACUCUCACGAUGAGCACUGGUGGGAUAUCCUUGCUCAUUUCAGAGAGCACACAGCCAAAUACAUUCCACGGCCAGCAGACCAUCGGAAAAGUCGUGUACAUAUUCGACCUGGUCUUGUUUACUCUCAUCACAACCCUCCUCAUCACCCGCUUCAUCAAGUACAAAGGCACAUUCCUGGCCUCUCUUGCGCAUCCGACCGAAGGUCUCUUCUCGGCCUGCUUCUUCCUGUCCCUCGCAUCAAUUAUCGGCUCCAUCGUACGCUACGGCAUUCCGAACUGCGGGUACUGGCUAGUGGUCGUCUACAGGAUUCUCUUCUGGAUUUACUUUGCCGCCACGGCUAUAUACGCCGUAGGCAUGUACAUGGUCCUCUUCACGUCACCCAAGCUUAAAAUCGACGACAUGACGCCGGCAUGGGAUCUCCCUAUAUUCCCUUUUAUGCUUUCAGGCACUAUUGCGACGAUCGGCGCGGGUAGCUCAGGUGGCCAGCCCGCCCAUCAAGCCAUGCCAAUGAUUGUGGCAGGCCUAACGGCACAAGGGCUCGGGAUGCUGGUCUCGGUCAUGAUGUACGCAUGCUACAUCCGACGCAUGGUCCAGUUUGGCCUACCCAGCCCGCACUCGCGGCCAGCGAUGUUCAUCGCCGUUGGGCCCCCGGGUUUCACCGCGUUAGCGAUCAUAGGCCUGGCUAAGGCCUGGCCGACCCAUUAUAACUACUUUGGCGACGACGAAGUGACGAGCCAGAUUUUACAAGUGAUGGCGACGAUGGUAGCCGUCUUCAUCUGGUCGUCGGCCUUUUGGUUUUUCUGUAUUGCCGUGGCAUCAUGCCUCAUUUGCUGGAAGGCAAUGCCAUUUUCAAUGAGCUGGUAUGCCUUUAUAUUCCCCAAUGUUGGGUUCACGAUAGCCACCAUCAACAUCGGCCAGGCGUUUGAGAGUUCAGCUGUGGAAUGGGUGGGAACAGCUAUGACGUUAAUGCUGAUCGCCAUGUACCUAUUUGUCCUUGUUUGCCACGUGAGGGCGUUGAUCCGGAGGGACGUGGUUGCUGAAGAAACAAAAGGUUUCCUGGCAUUUGCUUCGGCCGUCGGCAUUUUGGUCUGCAAGCCAGGGGAGAUCACAACCGGUCUGAGGCGAUGCCUAUGCAACCGCGGACCGGAUCACAUCACCACAUACGAGACGCGACUGGUCGAUGGUACCGCCGACGGCGCAUCGGCGACUCAUUUCGCCUUCACCUCCUCGGUCCUUGCUCUUCGUGGUGACCACAUCGCACAGCAGCCUUUCGUUGAUCUUGAGACCGGAUCAGUUUUCUGCUGGAACGGCGAGGCGUGGAAGAUUCGUCACCAUGACGUCUCUGGCAAUGACGGCGAGGCGAUAGCUGCCCUUUUGAGCGAGGCCGUGAGCCGCAGUUUGGGAGAGCGUGAGGCGGCCAUCCUACAGGUACUUCGAUCUAUCGAUGGUCCAUUCGCUUUCACGUUCUUUGAUAAGCCCUCGGGCAAGGUCUACUACGGCCGCGAUCGCCUCGGAAGGCGAUCAAUGGUGAUCCGCCACGGCAGCCAACACGUUGUCCUGUCCAGCGUUGCAGAUGCUGCCGACCCGCAGUGGAGGGAGGUCGAGGCCGACGGCAUAUACGUCCUAGAUGUGGCGAACGUUCAUCAUCUACACCAUCUGAGUGGUGAAGGAGCUCAUGUGGCGAGGAGGCUGGACUGGUUGGACGACGCCGGCGCAGCGGACUUUGUCUCCAAUAUUGGCAGGUUCAAUGCAAUUGUGCCAGCAGAGGACAUCCGCUUAGUCUCCGACUCGCCAUCGGUGAAUGCUCUGCGCCAGCAGUUGACGGACUCCCUCAGGUUGCGGGUCCUCGAUGUACCUUCGCCACCAGGGGCUGACAAACAAGAUACAGCACCAAAGGUGGCUGUAUUGUUCUCCGGUGGGUUGGACUGCACCGUAGUGGCGAGGAUGUGCCAUGAUCUCCUUCCCGUAGAUGAGGGUAUAGAUUUGAUCAAUGUGGCGUUCGAGAACCCCCGAGUCGUGGCCAACGUUCAAAAUGCUCUGUAUUUUGCUGCGCGGGGUCAAGGCAUCGCUUUCUCUGAUGCCUCAACAACUGCGGCCGCAGUCUACACCACAGGCGCCCGUGUGCUUCUUUCAGGGCUUGGGGCCGACGAGCUCUUCGGGGGCUAUCAACGCCACGCAACAGCUUACCAAAGACAAGGCUACCCGGGCUUGGUCGACGAGCUCAAACUUGAUGUCAGCAGACUAGGGAAGCGAAACCUGGGCAGAGAUGAUCGAGUGAUGUCGCACUGGGGAAAGGAGGUCCGCUUCCCAUAUCUGGACGAAGAGCUGGUUCGGUGGGCCAUCAAGACCCCUGUAUGGGAGAAGUGCGAUUUUGGCAAUCUUGAUGGUAUUGUCGAACCGGGCAAGCGGAUAUUGCGACUUCUGGCUUUAGAGCUCGGCAUGGGCGAGGUUGCCACUGAAAAGAAGCGGGCUAUCCAAUUUGGCUCCCGAACUGCAAAGAUGGAAAGCGGAAAGGUCAAGGGGACCACACUUUUAUCAAACCCGUUGUCUUUCGAUCAUCUGGCUCUACGAGACAAUGAAGUCGUAAAAGGCAAGUCUGAGCCAGGCUUGGAGCAGCGAGGUUGCGAUGAGGAGAAUAAUGGAGAAUAUCAGGAGAUCAAAGAGAGGCAGAUACAAGGGAAUUCAAUAUUUGCAUUCCUAAUGCAGGAGCAGGCUGUGGGCCAGUCAUUCGUUCCGAUCCUUGCCUGUGCACGAACUGGACGUCACAGCUGCAGGAACCUAAUUCCGGCCUGCUGUGGGGGUGGAGUGGCCCCCACCGAAGACCCUGAACAAGGAUACGGAAAGGCCCAGACCGUCCACUGGGGCGGUGCUUUGGGCGCCCACCCUCAACCGCAACGGCUGCUCGGGAGCUGCAAGUUCGAAACGCCUCGGCUCUUGACCUUGCAAACCUACGACGCUUCUUGCAAGAACAAAUACUCCUAG